AUGAAAGCAUCUACUACCAUUCAAGCCUUGAUGGCUUUAGCUUUUCAAGCGCAGACUUCCAUGAUCGCGGCAGUGACUAUUUCAGUAGAAGCCAAUGCUCUUCUAGUUGGAGGAUGCGCUGGAGUUGCUCAGGAAUAUCAAUUACAAUGUUACAAAGAUCAAUGCCGUCAGCCAACAAAUGAACCACUCGGGUCCUCUUUCACAACUAUUCAAGCUCUUACUCAACAAACUUCGCCGCCUCUCAUUGGUGGAUGUCGUGGGGUGGCACCUCAAUAUCAACCACAGUGUUAUAAGGAAAAUUGUCCCGAACCUGCUGGUCCUCCUGGAUCAUCAUGUGCUUCUUACCCACCAGACUAUCAGCUAGCAUGUUAUAAAUCAAAAUGCAAUCCAAAGCCUGAAACGACAACAAGAGUUGAGGUAGCACUUCAAUAUCCCGUGGGUGGCAGUAUAGGAAAAGAUUGUGCUGGAGUAGCGUCAGAAUAUGAGUUAAAGUGUUUCCAGGAAUUGUUUCCUAUGCCAAGUCCUCCAGGGGUUUCUUGUGGAUCCUUACCACCACAAUACCAGCUCGACUGCUAUAAGAGACGUUGUCACGAGGUUUACACUUCUACCGCACCAGCAGCACCUCAGAAACCUCCUGAAAUGAUGGGGAGGAUUGUGCUGAUGUUGCACCAGAAAAAGAGUUAG